UCGUCUUCGUGCCGUCCAUUCUGGGCUGCUUGAUCUGCUGAAUACGAGGAUUCGAAGAUAUGGGCCAUCUCUUCGGCUACGGUCAACCCUCGGCAUCCACCAAUGCCUACAACGAUCGCGUCGGUCGUGCGGUCGAACCGCACGCUAGCUGGGUGGAACACGGACACCGGUGGCAGUCACCGCAACGGGGCCUGCGGCUGUUCUCGGCUCACUACUGCCAUGAGCUCGGGUCCUCAUCCGGGCCCGUGAUACGAGUCCUCGCACUCGCGACAAUGAAAUUCCUGCAGAGCUGCCUCGUGCAGGCCCGCGUCGUCUACCGGGACUACCCGAACUCCUUUCCAAGCGGAACUGUCGCGUGCAGACUGCUGUCCCGAUCCUAAGAAGGCGCCGAACCUGACAGCUCGCAGCGGCUGCACGACGUGCUUCUCGAGUUCGCCCCAGAUCAACCCGACGGCCGCGUGCCGGUCGCCCUGUCCGUGCGGACUAGUCAAGACCGCCAAUCUGACGUCUGGAUCCCCGUCAACGCGUUGCUUGCCG